AUGCAAAACGGAGUUCCUGCACUGGAUGGGCAAAGCAGCAGGAGCCUACGCGGAAGACUGCGCAGCAAUGCCAAGACCGAGGUUGCCAGCAUGACGCGACGAGUGCUCAGAACAAACCAAGUGCUUCCGCACAUCCUCGGGGGGGCAGCCCCGGCCAUGUUGAUGCUUCUGAGAUGCACACAGGAAGGGAGUUACCGUGAAUUCAGACGCAGUCAUUCGGCUUUGGGCUCCGUGCACUUGGAGGUUCACCGAUGGUUGCACCGACGUACUCCGACAUCCAGCUCGAAUGGUGUUCAU